GUACACAAUGCGACAGCUAAAAGAGCGAAAUCGGUGCAAUCGGUCUGUUCGGCAUCUGAAAAUUCAGGGCAAGAUCUGGUUGAAAAAUCUUAAAAGCGGCUUGGAUCAAUUUCGAGAAAGCCAGGUGCGGGGAACGCGAACGAACUUCCUGCACGAUGGCUCCUUCCAUGAGGCAGUUGCUCCCGUUUUGGCGGUGGCCCAGUGCUUUUGCCUGAUGCCCGUGAGCGGAAUCGGUGCUCCAACGUACAGGGGAUUAAGCUUCAGCCGGCGCAGCUGGCGUUUCUGGUACAGCUCCUUGUACCUCUGCUCCACGUCGGUGGAUCUGGCCUUCAGCAUCCGCCGGGUGGCCCACAGUGUGCUGGAUGUGCGCAGUGUGGAGCCCAUCGUUUUUCACGUGAGCAUCCUGAUCGCCUCCUGGCAGUUCCUGAACCUGGCCCAACUCUGGCCCGGAUUGAUGCGCCACUGGGCGGCGGUGGAGCGACGGCUACCCGGCUACUCCUGCUGCCUGCAACGGGCUCGUCCUGCCCGUCGCCUCAAGUUGGUGGCCUUCGUGCUGCUGGCAGUUUCACUGAUGGAGCACCUGCUGAGCAUCAUUUCGGUGGUGUACUACGACUUCUGUCCACGAAGGAAGGAUCCCGUGGAAUCCUAUUUGCAUGGCACCAGUGCCCAGUUGUUCGAGGUGUUCCCCUACUCCAACUGGCUGGCCUGGCUGGGCAAGAUCCAGAACGUGCUGCUCACCUUCGGCUGGAGCUACAUGGACAUAUUCCUGAUGAUGCUGGGCAUGGGUCUCAGCGAGAUGCUGGCCAGGCUGAACCGCAGCUUGGAGCAGCAGGUGCGACAGCCCAUGCCGGAAGCCUACUGGACGUGGUCCCGCACUCUUUACCGCUCCAUAGUGGAGCUCAUACGGGAGGUGGACGACGCCGUGUCCGGCAUAAUGCUGAUAUCCUUCGGCAGCAAUCUGUACUUCAUCUGCCUGCAGCUCCUCAAGAGCAUCAACACCAUGCCCUCCUCCGCCCAUGCCGUCUACUUCUACUUCUCGCUGCUGUUCCUGCUCAGCCGAUCCACGGCCGUGCUCCUCUUCGUUUCGGCGAUCAAUGACCAGGCCAGGGAGCCACUGCGUCUGCUGCGCCUUGUGCCGCUCAGCGGAUAUCAUCCGGAGGUCUUCCGCUUCGCCGCCGAGCUGGCCAGCGAUCAGGUGGCGCUAACGGGCCUCAAGUUCUUCAAUGUCACCAGGAAGCUCUUCCUGGCGAUGGCGGGCACGGUGGCCACCUAUGAACUGGUGCUCAUUCAGUUUCACGAGGAUAAAAAGUCCUGGGACUGCUCGCCCUCCAAUCAUGAUUAGACGCUCCAAAUAUAUGUCAUUAUACCAGGUGUACAAGUAGGGAAUGUCGGUUCGAACAUAUAGAUGUCUCGCAAACGUAAAUAUUUAUCGAUUGUCAUAAAACUUUGACCUUGUGAAGUGUCAACCUUGACUGUCGAACCACCAUAGUUUGGCGCAAAUUGAGCGUCAUAAUUGUUUACUCUCAGUGCAGUCAACAUGUCGAGUUUCGUGCCGAAUAAAGAGCAAACGCGGACAGUAUUAAUUUUCUGUUUUCAUUUGAAGAAAACAGCUGCGGAAUCGCACCGAAUGCUUGUUGAAGCCUUUGGCGAACAAGUACCAACUGUGAAAACGUGUGAACGGUGGUUUCAACGCUUCAAAAGUGGUGAUUUUGACGUCGACGACAAAGAGCACGGAAAACCGCCAAAAAGGUACGAAGACGCCGAACUGCAAGCAUUAUUGGAUGAAGACGAUGCUCAAACGCAAAAACAACUCGCAGAGCAGUUGGAAGAAAGUCAACAAGCAGUUUCCAAUCGCUUGCGAGAGAUGGGAAAGAUUCAGAAGGUCGGUAGAUGGGUGCCACAUGAGUUGAACGAGAGGCAGAUGGAGAGGCGCAAAAACACAUGCGAAAUUUUGCUUUCACGAUACAAAAGGAAGUCGUUUUUGCAUCGUAUCGUUACUGGCGAUGAAAAAUGGAUCUUUUUUGUUAAUCCUAAACGUAAAAAGUCAUACGUUGAUCCUGGACAACCGGCCACAUCGACUGCUCGACCGAAUCGCUUUGGCAAGAAGACGAUGCUCUGUGUUUGGUGGGAUCAGAGCGGUGUCAUUUACUAUGAGCUCUUGAAACCCGGCGAAACGGUGAAUACGGCAUGCUACCAACAACAAUUGAUCAAUUUGAACCGUGCGCUUCAGAGAAAACGACCGGAAUAUCAAAAAAGACAACACAGGGUCAUUUUUCUCCAUGACAACGCUCCAUCACAUACGGCAAGAGCGGUUCGCGACACGUUGGAAACACUCAAUUGGGAAGUGCUUCCGCAUGCGGCUUACUCACCAGACCUGGCCCCAUCCGAUUACCACCUAUUCGCUUCGAUGGGACACGCACUCGCUGAGCAGCGCUUCGAUUCUUACGAAAGUGUGAAAAAAUGGCUCGAUGAAUGGUUCGCCGCAAAAGACGAUGAGUUCUACUGGCGUGGAAUCCACAAAUUGCCCGAGAGAUGGGAAAAAUGUGUAGCUAGCGACGGCAAAUACUUUGAAUAAAUGAUUUUUUCUUUUUCCACAAAA